CCCAAUUGGAGUUCCGUGUGCGUCGGGCGAAUGCGGCGGACAGUGCGCGAUAUUAAACGUGAAAUAAAUGAACAAAUUGUUAAUUAAUAAGCAACAGGAGCCGAUCUCGUCAACGAUCAGGCACCAGCAGGUAACAAUAACAACAUCAACAUUAAUAAUACCAAGCAACAUCGACAACAACAAUCACAACAACGCAGCGCCGUUUGUUUAAAUGUAAAUUAAAUGUUAAUCGCUCUCUGUGUGUGAAUGUGUGUGCGUGAAAAUAAGGAGUUAUCGAUAAGCAGAACGAUUGCAGUGCAAGAAAACACUUCAGAUGAAACAGAUUUAGUGUUUAUCUAAAUUACAUUAUAUCAAAAGCAAAAGCAAACGCAAAUGCAAAACAAGCUUAGAAAUUAAACACAAAAAGAAAUAACGCGGGAUCUGUGUUCGAACAAACGGUGCUUAAUCGCAGUUUCCUUUUGCCUUGCUGAGACGAAAGUAAUAUUAACAACAACAACAACAGCAGCAAAGUAGCAAAACCAAAAGCGAAAAGUGUGAAUUCGGCAAUGCAAACGCAGGAGUCAAAGUAAAAGCAAAGAAAGAGGGAAAUAAAAGAAACACCAACAACAACAACAUCGAAGAGUGCUGUGUAAAUUUACGUACAUAGAAAGUGGAUGAAAAAUUGAAACAAAACUGCAAAACUGUGUUUCUUCACAAUUCAAAUUAACUAGAAAUUGCGAAUACCUGAACUAGUUCGUAAUGCAACUUCGAGUGCAUCCGACUAUGGACUGUAGCGGCCGUUCAACCAACAAUAUUGAACGCGAUUCCGAUUUGGGUGAUGAUUUGUCCCACGGCGAUCGAACCGAUGACGAAAUGCGCGACUGCGAUUCCGUUGACGGUGAGCAUCAUCAGCUGAGCGCCAAGGCGGCAAUUGCCGCCCGGCUCAGUCACACAGUUGCCGGCGGUGCUGGCCUCAAUUUCGCCAGUCCCGAGCAGCAAACAGAUCUGCCACUCAGCCAUCAUCAUCAGCUGCCCCCGAAUCAUCCGCUCAAUGCUCUGGGCAGCUUCAUGGGCAUCAGUGGACUACACAGCAUUCCAAAUCUACAGCACAGCGAUGUUCUCGAGAAGCUCAAGAUGCAAGUGCGUGAUAUGAAAGUCGGUCUCAUGGAGCAGGACUACGCAGCGGCGGCGCAUGCAGCAGCCUUUGGUGCCAACAUGUUGCCCACAACCAUCGGCUCGGCCUUUCCGAUGCCCCACAACUCGGUGGCCGCAGCUGCGGCAGCUGCAUCCUUUGGGCCCGUGCCGCCUGCCAGCAAUGGCGCCACAUACAACGGAGUCGCCACCGGUGGAGGGCCAGGAGCAGCUGCGGCUGCUGCGGCCGCUGCUGCAGUUAUGGCUGCCAAUACGGUCAAUAAUAAUAAUAAUAAUAAUGGUGGCAAUAGUGGAGCAGGUGGUGGAGGAACUGGAGCAGGAGGAGGCGGAGGAGGAGGAGGAGGGAACAGUAACAACAACAGCAAUGCUGUCAGUGGCAACAACAACAACAACAACAGCAGCAACAACAACAACAACAACAAUGGUCAUCCCUUUUCAUUUGCAUCGCCAACAGCGCCAAGCGCCAAAGAAGGUGAGUAUUGUGUGAAGAGGGGAGAGAAGAGUGGGGAGUGGAAACCAUUGAAUAUUGAACUCAACGUGCGCCACUUUACAGCUAAUUCCGCAUCAAAUUCAUCGACGUCCAGCGAGGCAUCGAAUUCAUCGCAGCAGAAUAAUGGCUGGAGCUUUGAAGAGCAGUACAAACAAGUCAGACAGCUCUAUGAAAUCAACGAUGAUCCCAAGCGCAAGGAGUUUCUCGAUGAUUUGUUUUCGUUUAUGCAAAAGCGCGGCACGCCAAUCAAUCGGCUGCCCAUAAUGGCCAAGUCGGUGCUGGAUCUAUAUGAGCUAUACAAUUUGGUGAUUGCUCGCGGCGGCCUUGUCGAUGUGAUCAACAAGAAGCUAUGGCAGGAGAUCAUCAAGGGACUGCAUCUGCCAUCGAGCAUCACCAGCGCUGCGUUCACACUGCGCACCCAAUACAUGAAGUAUCUCUACCCAUACGAGUGCGAAAAGAAGAACCUCAGCACCCCAGCCGAACUCCAGGCAGCCAUCGAUGGCAAUCGCCGCGAAGGACGCCGUUCCAGCUACGGCCAAUACGAGGCCAUGCACAAUCAGAUGCCACUUACGCCCAUUUCACGCCCAUCACUGCCGGGUGGCAUGCAACAAAUGUCGCCACUGGCGCUGGUCACACACGCGGCAGCAGCCAACAAUCAGCAAGCAGCUGCCGCGGCAGCAGCCGCGCAUCGACGAUUGAUGGGCGGUCCGGCAUUUGGCCAAAUGCCCAAUCUGGUGACACAGGAGAUUGAGAAUCGCAUGAUGGAGUAUCUGCAGCUCAUACAGGCCAAGAAGGAGCAGAGUGCUGGUCCCGUGCUUGGCGCCACACAUCCCCACCAGCAACAGCAGCAGCAACAGCAACAACAACAACAGCAGCAGCAACAGCAAUCGCUGCACCAUCACCAGCAGCAACAACAGCUGCAGCAGCAGCAACAACAACAACACCAGCAGCGACAACGCUCGCAGAGUCCCGAGCUGAGUACGCGCGAUGCGUUGAGUGCUCAGGUGGCGCUUUGGCACAUGUAUCACAACAGCAGUCCGAAUGGUUCGGCACACACCUCACCACAGCAGCGCGAAGCGCUGAACCUCUCCGACUCGCCACCGAAUCUAAAUCUCAGCCACAUUAAACGUGAACGCGAACGUGAUCCCACACCUGAGCCAGCGGAUCAUGAGGAUGCCGCACAUCAGCCGCCGCCAGCCAAACGUGUGGGCAGCGGCCUUAUGCCACCCGGUUUUCCUGCUAACUUCUACUUGAAUCCACACAACAUGGCCGCUGUGGCCGCCAUGACCCAGCAUCAUCAUCAUCAACAGCAGCAGCAGCAACAGGAUGCCGCAUCGGAAGGCGAGCCAGAGGAUGACUAUGGCAAUGCGGAGCACAAUACCACGGGCAAUUCGUCGUCGAUGCACGAUGACAUUGAGCCACAGCAACUGAACGGACAUCAUCAUCACCAUCAUCAUCAUCAGCUGCAUCAUCUGGACAAAUCGGAUGAUUCGGCCAUUGAGAAUUCACCCAGCACUUCAACAACAGCAUCCGCCUCGGGCGGCCAUCGCCACAGCUCGCCGGUGUCCACCAAAAAGAAGUGUGCCAGCAGUAAGACGCAGUCCGGUGGCAAGGAUGCCGAGCACGAGCACAACAAUUGCACUGUGAACGGUGGCGUUGCAAAGCUAAAUCCCCUCGAGACACUCAGCCUGCUGUCGGGCAUGCAGUUUCAAGUGGCACGCAAUGGCACUGGCGCCAAUGGUGAGCAGCAGUUGAUUGUCAACCUGGAGCUAAAUGGCAUUAAGUACUCGGGUGUGCUGGUGUCCAAUGCAACCCGAGUGGAACCCAGAGUCGACGACUCGGACACGCUAAAUGCGGCUGCUGCUGAUGCCACGUCCGAGGAGCCGACGGUCGAAGAGGCUGGCAAUGCGGUCAAGCAUGAGAAUAGCCAAGAAGUCAACCAGAACGAUGCGGUUGACGAGGACGAGGAAACGGACGAGCAGCCCACGGAUGACAUUGUGAACGGAAUGGGAGUGGGCGUGGGGGUGGGCGUUGGUGGUGGUGUUAGUGGCUCUGUGGGCGUGUCUGUGCUUAAAGAUGCUGUGGUCAGUUCGUAGGGUGUGAGAAGAAGAAGAAGAGUAUAAUACAACAAAAAAAGGAAUACCAAAGUCAUAUUUUUCAGAAAAAUAAAAAAUCAAACAACAAAAAGAAGAGACACACACACACACACUUGCAUACGCAGCAGAGUUCUAUGUAAAUACACUCACUCACACACACACAUAUAUAUUGAAUGCAUUUCUAGCGAGUAGCGAGCAGAGUGAGGUUAGGGACGAAACCAACGAGUAACGAGUGAAGCGUGAAGUGUGUGUGAAUUCGUAAACCUGGCUAAGACUAAAGUGCAUCUCCACACACACACACCACACACACAUACAAUCUACAUUAUAUGCAUACACACAUAUUCUAUAUAUAACUAAAUAUAUAUAUACUUACAUAUAUAUAUAUUGAUAUCGCUUAGUAUGUUCAAUUUCCACAUUUUUGCAUAAAAGACAAGCUAACGAGCAUUGUAUUUAUUAAUAGGCCCUAGUUCAUAAGCAGCUGCAACAAUUUGAGAAGGAAGCAAGAGAAGUAAUUCACAUUUGAUUAGUUUCUUAGGCUACCCAAGGAAAUGCCACGCCCCAUCGCCACUCCCCAGCCCCGCCACCAUCGAACCACACAACCAACUCACAACUGGGAUUGAAAGCAGUUUUGCGUUUUACUUUCGUAUUUCGUAUACAUAUACAUAUAUAUAUUUUUUUUUAAAUGGCGAGAGAAUUUCCGUUGAUUUCUUUUGCUCAGUUUUUAAAUUGUGUUAGGCUGCAAAGCUCUUGUGUACAUAUCAAUAAUUGCUAUGUAGUAGUAAAUAUCUUUAUUCGUACAUAUAUACAUCGAUAUAUAUGUAUAUAUAAUCUUAAUAUCUUUAUGUAAUUUUAAGUGAACAUUCACACAACCACACACACAUAUACACAUACACACGCCGAACACAUAAACCACUUAGACCCUAGGAUAUAGAGACAUAAAUACAAAUGAUGAGCCUAAAAGCAUAAAGCAUCCAGCACACACACACAUAAACAUAAACAUAAACAAAUAAUUAUACAUAUACGAGUAAAUAUCAAUGUCAUAAAACUUUACUGUUUACGUAUUGGCCACUCUCCACUCUCCGCCUCCCUUCCCUGCCUUCCCCGCCCCAAUCUUCCAAUCCCAAAGCCAAGUUAAACGUAGCUACAAAUAUUGUAAGCAUAAGCGUUCAAUUUAUUGAAUAAUAAAUCUAUUUAAUUUUAGCUCAA